GGAGGAUCUCCCUCUGGUAGGACGCUGUCCUUCCCUCCACCGCCUCCUCCAACGCUGCUAGUUGGGUUGACGCCUGCCUCCGGUACACCUGCACACACACAUCCAAACACACACAGAGGAAUGAGAUGUGGAGUGUUGCUAUGAAAGAGGUGGAUUUACAUGAAGGACAGCGCAGUAGAGAUGAGUGGAUUGGAGCAGGGGGAGUCACACACACUAGGACAAGAACAUGACUUGAAGAUGAGCUCUCCACAGGCUGAGUUAGAGGAGAAAGACUGUCCUCCCCCAGAGGAAUUAGAGUGUAAAAUCUGUUACCAGCGCUACAAUGCACACAACCGGAAGCCUAAGGUCCUGGACUGCCUCCAUCGGGUCUGCGCCUGCUGCCUCAUUAAGAUCCUGGACAUUGCCGACGGAGCAGGCUGCAUCUCUUGCCCCUUUUGCCGACAUCAAACUGAAAUCACAGAGUACCAGGUAUCCGCCCUGCCUGAUGACGUUAAUAUCAUGUCACACUUGGUGAUACGGGACAAGUCCUCUAGCAGUGACCAGAACAGGGAGGUGGUCCUGACUCCAAAAAGUUUUUCCUCCACCAGCCCAUCUCAUGACUCCUCCAACUGUCUGGUCAUUACUAUAAUGGAGGUGCAGAGGGACUCACAGCACUCCCCAAGCCAAAAUGGGAGCUCUGGUGUCUAUGCGGAGCAGAGCUUGGAUUCUUUAUCAAUAGGUUCCAACAGUCCCGUUGAUCAUGAUGCUCUUUCCAAGUUCUGUAAUCAUGUACCGCGCAUCCUCGUCUGGCUGCUGGGCUUCUUAUACUUUGGUUCUCUACCUCUAGGAAUCUACUUGUUAGUGAUCCAGAGGGUGACUCUAGGAAUUGUAUGCGUCAGCCUAGUGCCAUCAAGCCUGACAGUUUGCUUAGUCUAUGGCUUCUGCCAGUGUCUGUGUCAAGGCAUGUGUGACUGCUCCUCUAGAGGCUGAUAUGAUACUCAUCUGUGGUCCAAAGGAUAGGGAUAAUGUCAGCUGCAGAAACAGGGGGCUGGUGUGUUUUGUUGAUAGAUCAAAGGCUCUAAGUUGGUGAUACUUUCCUCUGCACAGGCUUAUUAAAUAAAGUCUAGCAGUCAGUGAUUCAGUCCCUGAGUCAUGCAAAUAAGGGGCCGAUGAGCAGAAAGAAAAGGAGCAUUUUGGUGAUGUGCCAACACUCUUAUUCCCAUCUUGUCACAUACUGCUGCUGGAUCAAGAGCCCUUUGCUCCAGUCCUGUAACACAAGGGGUACCCCUUUAACAUCAAUUUCCAAAGCACAGGGAAAGUUGCCAGUAAUGUAACCUGCAGUGGUAAUGUCAUGUGAGUGGCAAUAUUCCAUAUAUCCUAUAUGGCUGGGUUAUUAACAAGUCGCGAUAGGACCAUGUAAGGAGGUCGAAUAGAGGAUGGGUGAAGACACCCCCCUUCUGAUUAAAAGACUGUUUAUUACAUGAUCAUUUACUUGUAUUUAUUUCUAUUUCAAGUCUUUAUUCUGACUUCCUUUGCCCUAAUUACAUUGCCUACUACUUCCAUGAUCAUUAAAAGUGCUUACCUAAGAUUAGGCUCUAAAACUACUUGUUUUAGGUUCUGUUAAAGCACAUUUUCAUUGUGCUGAUUAAAACUUCACCGCCAUUUUCCACAUACCAUAGUGACAUGUCUCACAAAUGUAACAUGACCUACCUAUAAACCCUGCAUGUCAAAGGGCAACAAUUAGGAGGUACCCUCUGCAUUCAAAUGUGGCACGGCCCCUGACCGAGCACCAAAGAACAGGUUGGAUGUGCUGUGCUUUCUUAAUGCCAACUGGUGUAACUCAGACACCAGCUUGGCCAAGAGAACCAGAGGCACCGAAGAGCUCUCUCAGUAGUAGGAGCUUUCAGUAUGCCUACCUACAUUUCUGUGAUGUACAUCUCUGACCUUUAACUGUUCUGUGUUGUGUGGACGACCUGAUUUAACAAAGUAUUUGAGAACUGACUGCUAAUAUUUUCUCUAAGAAAAGGCUUAAACGUUUUCAUUUAACAAUUAGCAUACCCAGGCCCUUAUUUACCAACUUUGUACACUAAAAAAGAUAGUCUUAAAAUAAAAAAAUAAAUAAUAAAAUAUGAGAUUAGAUUUACUCAUUAGGAACUUGAGAAUGUGUGUAGAGUUUUCUGGCCCAAAAAGGGCUCUAAUAAUUAAACUAGUGGCAGAAGUGUUUAAUACUACUGACCCUAAGAGCAGAUUAUAAAGAGAUAUUCAAAGUAAAAUAAACAGUAAACAUGAAAAGCACAAGUGUUUGGUUUGUCUGAAGGUUUGUGCAUAUUCGGAUGUUCAUGAAAUGAAAUUGAAAGACUGUUUUCAGAGGUGUGUGUGUGACCAGUCAGAAGUGCAAGCAGUGUAACCUUCUGGUUUCUGUCAAUUACUGAUCAUUUUGAAUGGCUUUACAGAAACAGUGGUCCAUAAAUCCAAGAUAAUGCUAGAUUUUUUUAAACUAAAUAUAAAACGCAAACCUAAGAAUUGUGAUUUGGCUCAAUACGCUCCCUGUUAUAGUAACGGUCUUCAACAAAGAUGUGAUAAGGUUGUCUUUGUUGUCUCCCAUCCUUUCAGGCUGUUGUACUAUAUCAGUUUGGUGCAUGUGAGAAAUAAACAAGAUUAGUGCAUCAGGAUUUCAUUGUCAACAAUAUGCUUUCCAUUCAGUUUUGUCUUGGGCUGAAGAUGUGGCUUUAUGCUUUUCUUUUUCUGCAGAUUUAAAAAAGUUGUUUUCUUAGAGCUCCACAUGUAUUUUGUUGUUUCAUAGUGUCUUUGAGACAUGGUAAAUUGAUGCAGUUGGACUCAGAAAUGACUGACAUUUCUAGAAAGAUUACUAUGAAUUGUUUCACAGAUGGUUUCCAUAAUGUGAGCUGGACUUGCUGUUUAUGAGUGUUCUUUGAAUUUGUGGGUUUUAUCAGUUCACGGUAAUGUGUGUGUGUGUGGAGACAGGAUGUGCCAAACAACUUGACAAAUGUCACCUUUCUUGUAUUCACAGGCAUUACUCCUUUUUGGUCUAUGAGUCAGUUUAAAACCUUGUGUGUACAAUGUUGAUAACUAAAAGACCUGGAACUCCUAUUAUUCAUUCAUUUUCAAAUGUAUUAAAUGAUAAUGGUAGGUAAUGGUAUUUUUCAUCAAAAUGCAAAUGUAGCAUUUUGACACUGUUCCAGAUCAAGUCUUUCUGUAUAUGAAAGUCACGUUAAUGGUCUCAUGUUUGUAGUCUAAAUCCACUAAUCAGCCACAACAUUAAAACCUCCUUUUAUGUAUUGCAUAGCCCCCUGUAGCACCACAAAAAAUUGAGGGCGUCCUGUGUUGUCCUGCAUAUCCUUUAGGUACUACUCAUCAAAGUAAUACCCACAAUCUUAGGAUUUCGAGCAAAAUAGUGCAAUGUAACAAUGUGAUGAAGUGGUUUUAAUAUUGUGGCUAUAUUUUCUUACCAUUUUGUUAAUUUCAGUUAGUCUUUACCAAUCUCUGUACCUACUCGCUCUUAUUUCCCCCUGUGUUUCAUACAGCGACUGCAGCUCUCAGAUAAGUACCACUCAAUUGAUUAUACAUGCUAGACAAUGAAAUAA